AUGAACAACCCCCCGAUUAGGGCAUACGAGAGCCCUCUAUACGACUCCUCAGUUGAACCUUCCCCAUACUCGACAUUGACCAAACUGGUCUCGACUGUCGCUCUCUUGGCAUUGGGUUCCUACGCCUUCAUUCUCCUCGAUGCCUGGCCCGACACCUUCAAACGGACCAUCUUCGAAAUCUUUGUUUAUUUCGUCCCUUCUCAAUUCAUCUCCGUCAUGCAGUAUGGAAUGGUCAAGCUGAGACUUUUAGACAUAGAGGAGGCCAAAUUCCAACGAAGAGACCAUGGGGACAUGUUCGCCAAACAGGCCGCCCUCAACCGCAUGUUCGGCCAAAGAAAACUACCUUUUGCUCUAGGAGGAAUUGGAGGCGUCUCGAACGUCGGUGGAUAUCGUUCAGCUCCACGAGAUCCGUCCCCACCAGGUCUGGGCAACUGGGACAACUCGUGCUAUCAAAAUAGCGUGCUCCAAGGACUUGCAUCCCUCCCGGCAUUCUACGACUAUGUCCAGACGAGUCUCAACCUUUGCAAUAAAUAUGACGUACCCGCAGAAACGCAUCGGGCCUUGGAUAUGUUCUUGGAGCAGCUUACCGUGUCGAGCCCUCAGCGGACAGUAUUAUGGACCCCGGCUGUAUUGAAGUCUAUGGAUAGUUGGCAACAGCAAGAUGCACAGGAGUACUUCACGCGAGUUUUGGAGGCGGUGGAGAAGGAAUCUCUCAAAUACGCAAAGGCCAUCCGAAUGUCCUCAAGAGCAGGCCUGGAGUGCCUUCAAGACGUGGCCCUGGAUGCAAAGCAAACUGGCACCGAAAAAGAUGUCGACCCAUCACCCUCUCUUUCAAAUGGACCACACCUUGCAUCCAUCAUAGGCAGUCGUGCUCAGCUAGAAGUACCGAGUCCGAUGGAUGGUAUGACUGCCCAAGGACUGAUAUGCAAGACAUGUGGAUACACCGAGGGAUUGUCACUUACCCAAUUCACCUGCCUGACACUGAAUCUGGGCCUGCGAGGAGCAUCGAGCAUAGAAGAUUUGUUGGACGAUUACACGGCCCCAGAAGAGGUGGACGGGGUCGAAUGUGAUCGCUGUACGAAAAUGACAUAUGGUGAAACUCCAGAUCAGACUGAAACGAGUGAAAAGUCACAGACAACGGCGAAACGAAAACCCAUAUUGAGAAGCAAAGCGAAGCAGAUUACGGUGGGUAGGCUACCUAAGGAUCUCGUCUUUCAUAUCAAUCGCAGCAUUUUCGACGAUUAUGGAAACCAGAGAAAGAAUAGUGCAGCCAUAAGAUUUCCGACUCGGCUCGAUUUCCUGAGUCGAUGGUGUGCACCAUUGAAUGUCGAGAAUGAUCGGAUUGAGGCCGUGUACGAACUGAGAUGUGUGGUUACGCAUUACGGACGUCAUGACAAUGGGCAUUAUGUUGCACUUGGGAAACGAGAUAAGAACUGGUAUUCCUUCAACGAUGAAAUAGUGACCAAAGUGACGGAAGAAGACGUUCUGAAUAGGAGCAAUGGUUUCAUAUUCUUUUAUGAAGCUGUGACACAAGUGCCAGAAGUCAGAGCAGCUGAAACAGUAGCAGGGGUGGUUGCAGCAUCGAUUGCACCCAACGAGACUGGUUCGAUUAGUGGGUUCUCUGAACCACUUGUGUCACAAACUCGGCCGAUAGUCGAUACACAGGUUGAGGCCGCGCCACCGAAGGACGUGGACGAGGUAGAGACCACGUCGUCUCCGGUUUCGCAAGAAGCAGGGAGCUCCGAGACAGCCAGCACUGCCUCGGAUUCAUCGUCUGUCUCCAGUGCAGAAGGGAUUGUGGAUGGACAGGUUGAGAAUGACCAGGCUGUUCCUGUCUUGAAGGCUCUGGCUACGACGAGUAGAGUGGCGAAAGAGCAGGUUAUUCUACCUGUCUGA